UAACGCUUCGGACGUUGGCAAAGUUUAAACUGUCAACACACUGAAGAGUUAUUCAUGUUCAAACAGGCCAGCUUGUGUAAACUGGUUUUUCUAAAGCAAAUGUGAGCCUACUGUGAGUGUCAGAGGAAAGACAGAUAUGUUGAAUGUCGGGGGUGUACAUAAAGCAGAGGACAGACAUGGAAACCUGCGCAAUAAUGUCAGCGCUGAGCAGACCCGCGGUGGAGCUGACAGUUAUGGAUGUGUACGACAUAGCAGCGGUGCUCGGACAGGAGUUUGAGCGGAUCAUCGACAGGUUUGGGUGCGAGUCUCUGGUCGGGGUGGUGCCCAAAGUAGUGCGGGUCCUGGAGCUGCUGGAGGCCCUGGUCAGCAGCGGAGCAGCCGGACAGGAGGCCGAGGAGCUGCGGAGGGAGCUGGAUAGGCUGAGGCAGGAGCGGAGCGACAGAUACGAGCAUGAGAAGAAGCACCAGAAGGAGUUGGAGCAGGUGGAGGAUGUGUGGCGAGGGGAAGUCCAGGACCUGCUCUCUCAAAUCACCCAGCUUCAGGCAGAGAACAAGAGGCUGUUAAAGAGCCUCUCUCUCAAAGAGUCCCCCGUCACAGAGGAAGACCUGCAGAAGCAGGAGGGAAUGUCAGAGAAGGAGAGACAGGUGAUGAAUAAGCUGAAGGACUUGGUGGAUAAGCAGAGGGAUGAAAUCCGAGCUAAGGACCAUGAGCUGACAUUAAAAAACGAGGAUGUUGAGGCGCUCCAGUUGCAGCAGCACAGGCUGAUAAGAAUCAACCAGGACCUUCGUCAUAGGAUAGGAGUGAUGGAGGCUCAGGGCAAGGUGCUGAUCCAGCAGAGGGCUGAGCUGGAAGCUGCAGCCCAGGCCCGGCAGCAGGAGCUGGGGGCUCUGCAGGUGGAGGUCACAAGGCUGAGAAAGGAGCUCCAGGGCUGGGAACUGGAUAGAGAGGUCGCUGCUAUUGAAGCAACCUCUCUUACCAGAUCUGGGAUGUCACCAUCUACAUCACUGUCUACAUCACCUCUGAUGACGUCCUCGGCAUCUAACGCCACCAAACCAAAUUCCGUGUGGGUGGAGUGUGGAGGUGACCCUGGCUUCCUGGCAAACUGCUUUGAGUGUGAAAAGAGUCCUUCCGUUCUCCCGAGGUCAUUGAAGAGGGAAAAUAAUGACGAAGAGGGUGAAGAAGACGAGGACUCUACAGCAUUGUUACUGAAGGUGUCAGCUGAUACAGAGCCAGUGGAGGAGACAGACAGCCUGGAGCAGGAGUCUGACAAACCUCGCUUCACCCUGCAGGAGCUGCGGGACGUCCUGCAGGAGAAGAAUGAACUCAAGGCCCAAGUGUUUGUGCUGCAGGAGGAACUGGCAUAUUACAAAAGUGAGGAUUUAUGGGAUGACGUCAACUCUAUUGUUUGUCCUCCAUCUCCUCCUCCAUGCUCCAGCUCCACUGAUCAGGCUGAAUCAGGAAUUAGACGCUUGAUCUUCACUGCCAUAAUGCCGAUGGUGGCAGCCGGUUUGAUUGCGGACGACCCCACCUUGUUGCCAAUCAGAAGACUUUACUUUGUAUGACCAUGAGUUUAAAUUGUUUGAUUCUCUUAUUUUUUCCCCACAUUGGUCAACGCCAGUUUGUUUCUCUCAACAGAGUUUGUCAAUAGACAAAUUUAAAAGAAUUGGUUUAAUGGUUGCAUUACUUGGUUGUUUUAAACUAAAUCUGUAUGGUGUUUAUACACUUGAAACUGUGUAAAUGAGACCAAGUCAACUUUUACGAUACAUUUUGGUAGCAUUUUAGCUUACUUGGUAAGAGCUUUCAAUGAACCUGUGUAGUUAAUAUGUGAGAUAACUGGCCAUACCUGGAAACUCUUAUAUUUAUUUAUGACCUUUUAGGGUUUUUCAUCACCUGUCAGUGCGUCACUUUAUAUAUUACUUUUAAAAAGCUAUGCUACGUUUGGUGUAAUGCUGCACAUGCUGCUGUAAUGUCAAAUAAAUUAGCACCAAAGUUUCCCAUUACAUUGCUUGAUCCAAAUACAGAAACAGUGUCCCUGCAUUCCCCAAAGGAUGAAUUGAGUUUUCACACUUUUGACUUAUUUAGCUGAAUAAUGACAGCAUGUAGAAGAAGUGAUGUUAAGAUGUAUCUGAUUAUAUAACACAUUAUUGUUAUAGUGUGAUGCUAUUGUGCCACUGUUUGAGUUAGUGUUCUUGGUCCCUUAGAAUUGAUUGUUACUGUAUGUUUGCAGCACUACAGUGUGGCACCACACCUUUGUGGUUUACACCAAUACAAUCAUACUGGUAAAACACCAGUAUAACCAGUACACCUAUUCCAACAAUAAUAACGAGUACUGUAAAAGCAUGACCUAACAACAUAUAUGUGCUGGGUUGCAUCUGUAAAAUAAUGCUUGUUCAGAAAAAAGUAAUAAAGUUUUAUUUUUCAACUUUU